AUGCCUUCUCUCCUACCCAUAGUAAAUAAGGCGCGAAAGCCUAAAUUCGACCUUCAUCUGACCAUAUACGAUCUCAACAACGUCCCGCUCGUCAGCGGCACCUCGCAGAUCAAAUGGCAUCUUCCACACUCCAUGCAUGGCGACCACCGCGGUCGGACCAACAAGUGUCCCAUCGACAGUAUCAACCAUCGCGUAACCUAUGACUACAACAAAGUCGUGCCUCUGCGCAUCACCAUAGACCGGAACAAUCAGUUGUCGGAAUGUCCCAUCGAGUUUGAGGUGGUGCAGGAGUUUUCAGCCUCGGGCGGGAGGGACGACAGGAUUACACUCGGUGUUGUCAGACUGAACUUGAGCGAAUACGUGGAAGAAAGUGAAAACUUUCCCCGGAAGAGCGUGAGCAGUCGGUCAGGAAGCAGUCUGGAGUACGCGCGCAGGGAUAUACUUGGGCCAGCGCUCCAGGGCAAACGACGUCUGAGCACCGCCAGCGCUGGGACGGCACCGAUCGCAGAGGAGCAGGAGCACGAGACGGCCGACGAGGGCAUUGUACGCCGGUACCUUAUGCAGGAGAGCAAAAUCAAUAGUACGCUCAAGCUCGGCAUUCUCAUGGUUCAGAUCGACGGUGAUCGGAACUACGUUGCACCUCCGCUCAAGACGGCACCCAUGUUUGGCGGCAUCGCAGGCAUUAUGGCCGGCGAGACAGUUGAGCCCGUCGACGAAUCACCUCUGGGCACUGCGCCCACCACAACAACCCAGAAUAAGUCGCGUGACGCGAGCGAGUUGCAAGACAUGUACCGCCGCGCGCUCGCGGCGUCCUGGAAUAGUCAGCCUGGCGAGCUCGCCGCUGAUGAGUGUAUCGAAGACAUUUUUUCGGGCGGCAGCGGCUGGAAGGACCAAACUGGCAGCAGUAGCAGGAGUGAGAAGGAUCACAGCCGAGACCGCAACGGCGAGGAUGUAAGCAGUACAUCGUCGGGCAGCGAAGAAGUAAACAGCGGAACCCUGCGGCCGUCAGACGUGCUCAAGGUGCGCGAUCAGUUCAGCCGCAGUCGCGGCAGGCACUCGAGAUCUCGUAGCGGCGCCUCAGAGCGAUCGCUUGCCGCUACGUUCAGGAGUAGCGGACGUGCUAGAUCGCGCAACCCACAGCAGCCACAGCAAGGAGGCAGCCACGGCCAGCAGUAUCAACACCGCCAUCUGCGCGAAGACCCCUAUGAAAGCCCGAGUCUCGACCACAGCGCCAGCAUGGCCUCACUCACGCCCACACUCGGCAGUAUGGGCAGCGCCGGUAGUGGCAGUGGCAGCAGCCGAGAUCAUGGAUUUGCACGCAGGAGUUACAGAGAGGUCAACGAGUUUGACGUCCGCGAUGACCUCGUCAGCUGGGCUCUACCGGGGACGGCGGCCGUUUCGACUUAG